UUUCGGGGGCGGAGGGGCUCGAGGCCAGGCCGGGCCAUGGCGAGCUCGGAGCGGAGCGCGCUGCUCACGUACCGCCUGUGCGGCGCCUCGGGCGAGGAGGAGCGGGGCCGGGAGCGCGGCCGGGCCACCGCCACCGCCGCGGCUCCCCGCAAGCUGCCCACCUUCCUGGGCGUUGUGGUACCCACGCUCCUCUCCAUGUUCAGCGUCGUCCUCUUCCUGCGCCUCGGGUUUGUUGUGGGCCAUGCUGGAUUAUACCAAGCCCUGGCCAUGUUCGCAGUGGCAUACUUCAUCAUUGGCAUGACAGUGCUGUCCGUGUGCGCCAUUGCCACCAAUGGGGCUCUGGAUGCUGGAGGAGCCUACUAUAUGAUUAGCCGUGCCCUGGGACCAGAGUUUGGGGGCAGCAUUGGGAUCAUGUUUUUCCUAGCCAAUGUGUGUGGCAGUGCCCUCUAUGUGCUGGGGCUGGUGGAGGCACUGGUGGACAGCUUUGGAAUCCCACUUGGGCAGAAAGUGGGCACUGGCAUCCAUGUCCUGCCCCAGAGCUACUGGUAUGAGCUGCUCUAUGGUACCGUGCUGCUGGCCCUUUGCCUCCUUGUGUGCCUUGUGGGUGCCUCCAUCUACGCCAAGGCCACCUUCCUCAUCUUCCUCAUUGUUGCGGGUGUCCUGAGCACCGUCCUUGUCAGCUUCUUUGCAACGCGGCCCUUCGGAGUACCAAUCCACAUCAAUGGCUCUAAGACUGAGAAUGGGAACUUCACUGGGUUCUCCCUCGCCACCCUGCAAGACAACCUGGGGGGUGGGUACGGGGUGGACUACACCACCGGGCAGAGGAUGAGCUUCAGCUCUGUCUUUGCGGUGAUGUUCAACGGCUGCACCGGCAUCAUGGCAGGCUCCAACAUGUCAGGGGACCUGAAGCGCCCAAGCUACUCCAUCCCACGGGGCACUAUUUCUGCUGUGCUCUUCACCUACCUCGUCUACAAUCUGCUGGCUUUCCUCAUGUGUGCUACAUGCAACAGGAUCCUCCUGCAGAAAGAUUAUGGCUUCUUGCGUGACAUCAGUAUCUUCCCGCCCCUGGUCACUGUGGGUAUCUACGCUGCCACCCUCUCCGCAGCCAUGAGCAACCUCAUCGGAGCAUCCCGCAUCCUCUAUGCCCUGGCCCGAGAUGAUCUCUUUGGCAGGGCGCUAGUGCUGGCCAAGAAGACCUCUGCCAAUGGGAACCCAGUGAUGGCCGUGAUCCUCUCCUGGCUGGUGGUCCAACUGGUGCUCUUCUCUGGGAAACUCAACACCAUCGCGGGGGUCGUGACCACCUUCUUCCUCCUGGUUUAUGCCACCGUCAACCUGGCCUGCCUGGCACUUGAGUGGGCAUCGGCCCCCAACUUCAGGCCCACCUUCCGAUACUUCACCUGGCACACAUGCCUGCUGGGCAUUGCGGGCUGCUGUGUCAUGAUGUUCCUCAUCAGCCCUGUGUCAGCCUCAGCAAGCCUGGGCUUUCUUCUCCUGCUUCUCCUUGCGCUCCACUACCUCUCGCCCAGCAGCACAUGGGGCUACAUCAGCCAGGCCCUCAUCUUCCACCAGGUGCGGAAGUACCUGCUGAUGCUGGAUGUGCGGAAGGACCAUGUCAAGUUCUGGCGCCCACAGAUGCUGCUGAUGGUGCAGAACCCACGUGGCAGUGCCCGGCUCAUUGACUUUGUCAAUGACCUCAAGAAGAGCGGCCUUUAUGUCCUGGGCCAUGUCGAGCUGCAGGACUUGGACAUGCUGCCUUCAGACCCACUGCAGUCCCAGCAGGACUCAUGGCUGAGCUUGGUGGACAAGCUGAAUGUCAAGGCCUUCGUCAGCCUUACCCUUGCACCCUCAGUGCGGCAUGGUGUCCGGCAGCUCCUCUUCACCUCUGGCCUUGGUGGGAUGCGCCCCAAUACCUUGGUGCUGGGCUUCUACGAUGAUGCAGCACCACAGGACGGUCUAGCCCAGCACCCUGCCUUCACCAACACCCGUGAGGAGAUCCCCCUGGGCUUCCCCCCACUGCGGGCACCUGCUGCCCCUAAGCUGCUCUCGGCCUGGGAAUAUGUGGGCAUCGUGGCUGAUGCCUUGAAGAUGCUUCGCAAUGUCCUGCUGGCCCGGCAGCUGGAGAGCCUGGACAAGGCCCAGGAGCUGCGUCGGGCUGCCAGUCCCUCACCUGCCAUCCACGUGUGGCCCGUCAACCUGCUGCGGCCUGACAGUGCCCGCUACGCUGACACCUGCAGCCUGUUCCUGCUGCAGAUGGCCUGCGUCCUCAACAUGGCACGGGCCUGGCGGCGGGCCCGCCUGCGCCUCUUCCUCUGCGUGGAGGCGGGUACCAUGCCCAAUGCCCAGGAGGAGAAGCUGCGCCAGCUCCUCAAGGACUUGCGCAUCCAGGCCCAGAUCCAGCUGGUGCCCUGGGAUGCUGUCACCCGUCUGCACUGGCAAACCUGCCAGGGACCCCCCGGGGGGCCUGCCGGGGCAACAGAGGAGGAGGAGGAAGAGACCAUGAACUUCCCAGCCAACACCACCCAAGUGUCAGAUGAGUAUGUGUGUGCUGCCAACAGACUCAUCCUGGAGCAAAGCCCCGCACCAGUCGUGCGUUUCCUCUACCUGCCACGGCCACCGGCCGACACCAGCCUGUACCCACUGUACCUGCACCAGCUGGAUCUGCUCACCCGCGGGCUGGGCCCCACAGUGCUGGUGCAUGGGGUGAGUGCCGUCACCAGCACCCAGCUCUAGAUCCCCUCCUAGGUCCCCCCCCCAGCUCCCUUCACCCUCCUUUGCCCAGUGCCUUUAGCAGCCUGAGCCCGGGGCUGUCCCCAGCCCCAGUACCCCCACCAUGGCAGGCAGGGGGCUCAGUGCCUCAUUCUGGGGGUGGGUUAUUUUUUGGGGCUGUCUCCUGCAGAGGAUGAAAGCUGCCCUGGCAGGAUCCAGGCACAGCCCUGGCACUGGCCAGGCAGCAUGGUGCAUUCACGGUGCCUUUUCUUUGGGGUGGUGGUGGGCGAUCGUGGGGUCCCAGGGGGUGCCAAGCACUGGGUACCCCAGUUUACCUGGAGCUCCUUGCUCAUAUAAUGUACCUCCCUCCCCAUGGCUCCCCACUCCUGCAACCCCCAGCCUCUCUUCUGACAGCUCCUCCAGGCACUCAGCCAGCACUGGGGAUUGAUUAAAGGCAGCCUCGACCUUGGUGCCCCAGCUCCUCGCCAUCCUCUCUGCCUUUCAUUAGGAAAAAUUAAAUGGAAAGAGGUGGGGGAGGGGAGCCCGGAUGCCUGGAUUCCCUGUGUGAGGCUGGGAAGUGGGGGGAGCAGCUGGGUGCUGGCCCUAAUGGCUAUGAAGUAUGGCACCCCAGAUCUUGCUUGGCAUCCCCUGUGCUGCUGGGGGGGAUGACCCAGAUAUUUCAGUCUGUAGGGCCCCCCCUCAAGGGGUCCGAACUCCUGGUCCUGGCAAGGAGCAAGAAAAAGAUUGGCUGGGAGGCAGCCUCAUCCAGUCACUGUGUCCCCUAGCCUUGUUCUGUGACCUGUUUCAUGGGACAUUGCUGUUUCCCCACACCCACCAUGACCUGCACAGGGAAGCUGCCCUUUCUGCUGCCCCCCCCUCUCAUUGAUUAGAGGAGGGCAGGAAAUUGCCUGGGUGCGGGACGAUAAAUCCAUCGGGCAGUUGGCAGGCAGGCAGUGCGCCUGUGCACUGCCUGAUGAAUUGCUUCCUAUUACCCCCCAGCACAGGGGGGGCUGCUCUUGGCCAGGCUGGGCUCCAGUGGUGGGGCUGCCUGGCACUGCCACCUGGCAACUCUGCCCAGCUGGAGGGUUGGAAAAAUGCAGGCAGCUGAGUGCUGCUGGGUGGUGGUGGGAGGUUUGCUCUGCACGUUUUGCAGUGGGUUGUGCUCAGAUUUGUGCCCAAAACCCCACCUCAGUGGGUGGCCAGGGGGCUAGACCUGGCUUUGGUCCCCCCAGCAGGAGGUGAGUGCCCCGGGUUGGGCACCGAACAGCCUGCAGGGCUUAUUUACAAACAGGCGUGAGCUGGCACAGGGCAGCUGGGCACCAGCAGGACCCGACGGCCUAUAAUGUUAAUUAUCACCACGUAAUUAAAAGCCCAUAAAAAGAGUCACACUUCAUUAAAUUAAAGCUUCCCCACACUGUGCCGGCGGGCUCUAGCAGAGUUAACCUUGGCUGUGCCAGGCACCAGCUCCACCGCAGCUGGCAACCUGCAGCUGGGGGUGUAUGGGACCUGAGGCUGGGAGUAAUGGCCCCACGCAGUAUUAUAGUAGUGCCAGCAUUGCACAUGCAUGGGCACCCCCCCAACACCUUGCAUCACCCCUGAGCCUCCUAUGGCUGAACAUACACGGGAAGAACACACAGCAUGGCAUGGACAUACAUGCACAUACCACCCCUGCAGACACACUGUCGCAGACACUGGGGCUUGGGCAGGGUCUGACACAGGUGCAUGCAUGCCCACCCAGAUGUGUGCACCCAGAUGUGCCUGACCAGAAAAGGCAGCAUCACACACCAGCACAACAGCUCCGGCACGGCAGCUCCAGCGUGGAACACCCACGCAGCGCACACCUACACAAACAACUUCUCUUCCUCCCAACAGACAUGCAGACAAACAGACACACACCCUGCGGCUGCUCCAGGCUCCCACCCAUUCCUGUGGGUGCCUGGGGAGCUGAUGGGCUGUGGGGAGAACACCCAUCUGUGCCUGCCCCCUCUGUGCCUCAGUUUCCCCAAGGACUAGGCUGUACUGGGGGUAAGAGGAAGGAGUGUGUCUGUGACCUCCAAAACCUCCUGGUACCUGGGUGCUGUGUCUCAGUGAUGCUGUGCUGAGGUCUGGAGGGGAUAAAAAUGGUGGGUGGGCCCUGCCAGCACACAAGGAGGGGCACGUGUCCGUGGGGUGCACGUGUGUGUACCUCUUAAGGGAGCACGUGCCAUGCUGAGGGCUAUAUGUGUACAAAAGGGGUGUGUGCAUGUGCACAAGGGGUAGCUAUAUGUGUGCAUGCAUUGGGGUGUGUAUGUACCCACCCCUAGGCAUCUUGCUCUGAUCCGCACACAAGCUUGAGGGUGAGGGGAGCCAGGGGAGAGCACACACCUGUGAACACAGGCUGUGCAAACUGGCACACGUGUGUGCCCAGCACCCCAAGGCACUGCCCCCGAGUGGGCUGUGGGGGGCAGGGGCUGGCCGGGGCGCUGCGGGGGACAGGCACUGGUGGGUGCCCGUGCCCCAGCCCCGUGGGGGUGGGCAGCC